AGAGUUUCUUUUCCUACUAUUUUAAAUUAUUAUAGAUUAGUGUAGAGGAGAGAUGAUGAUCGGUAACAAUAUACAGAUCUUGAAGAGGGCACAAAGAUGUGCCACUAAGUGUUUAAGAUCGGGAAAUUCGGCAGCUUCUGCCACGGCCAGAAGAAGUUUAUACAGGGCCACAGCCAAUGGUAGAACUUCUUAUAACAGAAUAUUAAUGACUGAUCAAAAGAGAAAAUUCCAUGGAAGUAACGCUACUUUGAUAGACUUUGACCCUUACAAAACUUUGGGGGUUGAAAAGAGUGCAGAUGCCAAGGACAUCAAAAAGGCAUACUACCAAUUGGUUAAGAAGUUCCAUCCAGAUGUUAAUAAGGAAAAGGAUGCCGAGAAAAGAUUCCACAAGAUUCAGGAAUCAUACGAGCUUUUGAGUGAUAAGGAGAAGCGUGCUCAAUACGAUCAGUUUGGUGCUGGAGCCUUUGAUGCCAAUGGUAAUGCUAACCCUUUCGCAGGUGGUGGUAAUCCAUUUGGAGGUCAUGGUGGUAAUCCAUUUGGAGGAGCAGGAGGUGGAGGUAACCCAUUUGGUGGGAUGGGAUUUGACUUUGAAGACUUGUUCAAACAGGCUUUCAAUGGUGGCCGCGGUGGAUCUGGUGGCGGAGGUGGUCAAUAUGUUCAAGAACAUGUCGGGGACAACAUUGAAGUGUUGAAGACUAUUUCCUUUAAGGAAGCUAUUUUCGGAACUAAGGUUCUGGUAAAUUAUAAGGCGGUUGAUUCUUGUGGUACUUGUAAAGGGUCUGGAAUGAAACAGGGUAAGAAGAAGACCACUUGUUCCAACUGUCAUGGUACUGGUCAAUCAACUCAUGUAAUGGGAGGAUUCCAUAUGGCUUCGACCUGUGGAACUUGUCAUGGGUCAGGUGUUACCAUUAACAAGGGAGAUGCUUGUGGAACCUGUCAUGGUAAUGGUGUUGAAGAGAUCCCUAAGUCUACCAAUGUUGAUCUUCCAUGUGGGAUUGUAGAUGGAUCACGUCUUCGUGUACCAGGUGCUGGUGAUGCACCAUUUGUCACCAAGGAUCCAUACAAUCAAACCAGAAAUGGUGAUUUGAUUAUCCGCGUCCAUGUUUCUAAGGAUCCUACAUUUACAAGAUCUGGUAAUAACAUUGUUGUUAAGAAGGAGAUUUUAAUGACUACAGCAGCAUUGGGAGGAGAAAUUGUUGUUCCUACUAUUGAUGGCGAGAACAUUAAGCUCAAGAUUCGUCCUGGUGUUCAAAAUGGACGUAAACUUACAAUUCCAGACAAGGGGGUACCUAUCAAUCGUAACAUCAACAACAGAGGUGAUAUGGAGAUUGUUUUGGGUGUAAAGACCCUUAUUCCAGAAACCCCAGUUCAAACAGCAUUGCUUGAAGCACUUGCCGAUGCAUUCAAUGAUAAGGAUGCCAAGAGAACAGACGCACACUGGAAACUUGACUUGGAAGAUGGAGAAGAAGAAGGAAAGAUUGAUCAAACUAUUGAUGAGAAUGAUUUAAAUCCAACCAAAACCAACAGAAUUGGCAAGUUUUUAGGAAGAUUUUUCAACAUGAAGGACAACAAAAAGAAUUAAAGAAAUAGAUCAUAAGACUGAUGUAUAUAGGGAGAUGAAGGAAUAUUAACUUAUUUGUAUAUAUAAAAUAUUAAAGUUUAUAAUAUA